UUCCUUUCAGUAUAGAACCAGGCUGCCGAAGGAAGGCAUAGCUGUUGAAGCCCCGAAGAAAGGAGACAAGGAGAAACUGGGGUUCCCUUUGGCCCUGUUUGGGGGCACUCUGGUCGUCAUGGAGGACGGUAUCUAUGUGCCUCCAGACCUGACACCAGAGGAGAGGCUAGAGUUGGAGAACAUCCGGCGACGGAAACAGGAGCUCCUGGUGGAAAUCCAACGCUUGCGAGAUGAACUCAGUGAAGCCAUGAAUGAGGUGGAGGGGCUGGAGGCCAAUGAAGGAAGUAAAACUCUACAGAGAAACCGGAAGAUGGGGAUGGGGCGUAAGAAGUUCAACAUGGAUCCCAAAAAAGGAAUACAGUUCCUGGUGGAAAAUGAACUACUGCGCUCCACACCCGAGGACAUUGCUCGCUUCCUCUACAAAGGGGAAGGCCUCAACAAGACAGCCAUUGGGGACUACCUUGGUGAGAGGGAGGAGUUUAAUAUUGCUGUGCUCCACGCCUUUGUUGAUUUGCAUGAAUUUACUGACCUCAACCUAGUGCAAGCGCUCAGGCAGUUCCUGUGGAGUUUUCGAUUACCAGGAGAAGCCCAGAAAAUUGAUCGUAUGAUGGAAGCCUUUGCCCAGCGGUACUGCCUGUGCAACCCAGGGGUCUUUCAGUCUACAGAUACGUGUUACGUCCUCUCUUUCGCAGUGAUCAUGCUCAACACCAGCCUUCACAAUCCCAAUGUCCGAGACAAGCCCACAGUUGAGAGGUUCAUCACUAUGAACCGUGGUAUCAAUGACGGGGGGGACUUGCCGGAGGAGUUGCUGCGGAAUCUGUAUGACAGCAUCCGUAAUGAGCCCUUCAAGAUCCCAGAGGACGAUGGGAACGACUUGACACACACAUUUUUUAACCCUGAUCGCGAGGGCUGGCUCCUCAAGCUGGGAGGACGGGUGAAGACAUGGAAGCGACGCUGGUUCAUCUUGACUGACAACUGCCUCUAUUACUUUGAAUACACCACAGACAAAGAACCAAGAGGCAUCAUCCCACUGGAAAACCUAAGCAUCCGGGAAGUAGAAGACCCACGGAAACCAAAUUGUUUUGAACUCUACAUUCCCAAUAACAAGGGCCAGCUAAUCAAGGCCUGCAAGACUGAAGCGGAUGGACGUGUGGUUGAAGGGAAUCAUAUGGUCUACCGCAUCUCGGCGCCUACACAGGAAGAAAAGGAUGAGUGGAUUAAAUCUAUCAAGGCUGCUGUAAGCGUGGAUCCUUUUUACGAGAUGUUGGCUGCCCGCAAGAAACGGAUCUCGGUGAAGCAGAAACAGGAGCAGGCAUGAGGUGGGGAUUCUCUAGUCCCCCUCCUUUCCCCUUGCUGUACGUCCUCCUGUAUCCUCUCUUGGACCUGCUGACAAGCCCACCUGGGUUGAACUCCAUGAAACCACCCAUUCCUAUUGUGGGACCACCACACUACUUGGCCAGUCUGAUGGCAUGUCAGCCUCCCCACUGCCCCACUCGUCUCUCCAGAGCUUUCUCUAGCCCUGUUGGGCUUUGCCAGUGGGGCUUGAGCCUGGGAACUGCCACAGGGUGGCAAUUUCAGGGAAUGGAUGCAUCGUUUGUGUUUUGGGGCAGCUUCUCCAGUGAGUUAUCUUCAGCCUUCAUCAGACAGAGGCAGAUGGUUUUGAAGCAUCUCAGCUAACUCACCCCACCGUGACUCGGGGGCAACAAACUUUGAUCACGUUAAAGGAACAUUUCCUACUUGAUUGGACUUUUUUGUUCUGCUUCCCAACAUAACAGCUGGUCUGCAUGUCUGAGAAGAAAAAAAUGGAAAGCCCCCUUCAGACUAUUAGCAGUUUAGAGUGUGGGGAAGCCCAUGUUUCCACUCAUCGGCUACAGAAAAACAGCACCUUGCAACCUAAACCAAGCACAUCAGGGAGUAAGCUAGCAUGUCUUUCGAACUGCUAGUUUUUCUGUGUUUCAGGAUCAUUCAAGUCAUUUAAUUUCCCCAAGCUGCUUCCUGAUGCCGAUGGUCACGGGAGCAUUUUUCACAUGCUUUUUCCUGUAGGCUGCCCCUUGGAGCUUAUUGCCAAACCAGCUACACUGUGCAUCCAAGAAAGCAGUAUUCUGGGCCUGGCGCACUACGUAAUGUUUGUAUCUACCCUGUUCCCCAUUAUUCAGUCUUACAAAAGGAAGCAAAUACACCAACACCCAGCAGGGGGCAGCAGAGAGCCAGACGGCCAAAGCACGCACACUGACACAACAUGGAACACUAUCGGUUGCCUCCAGCAGGAAUGGCUGACACAUUUGUAACUGACAGCUGUUAAUUCUUCAUGUUUCGGCAGAGAGGUCAUGACCCCCAAAUUCCCUUUCCUGCCACCUCCCAGAAACUGAAUCCCUCCCCCCAGUUAUUUGUGGAGUCAUUAGAGCAUUGCCUCUACAACCAGUUCUCCCCCCCCCCGCCCUUUCUUCCCUGAAGUGUAGCAGCAACAUACUUGGGG